AUGGGCACUAAGGUGCAUCUGAGUACAGCUUAUCAUCCGCAGACAGAUGGUCAGUCAGAGAGGACUAUUCAGACUUUGGAGGAUUUGCUGAGGAUGUGUGUGUUGGAUUGGGGUGGCCAUUGGGCAGAUCACCUGAGCUUAGACACCCCUAUGCUGGACCCAAGUGGGGGAGCGCAGCAUGUAUGGAGCUACUUAUGUUCAGGAGACGACAGAGAAGGUCGUGUUGUGAGGCUGAACAUGAAGGAGGCUCAGGAUAGGCAGAAGAGUUAUGCAGAUAGACGCAGACGAGAGCUUGAGUUUCAGGUUGGAGAUAGAGUUUAUCUCAAGAUGGCUAUGUUGAGGGGUCCUAACAGAUCCAUAGCAGAGAACAAGCUGAGUCCGCGUUUUAUGGGUCCGUUUCCAGUAGUGGAGCGAGUUGGGCCAUUGGCUUACAGGCUGGAGUUGCCUGAGAUUAUGAAAGCCUUUCACAAGGUUUUUCAUGUGUCGAUGCUGAGGAAGUGUCUUCACCCUACAGAGGAGUUAGUGGCUAGGAUUCCAGAGGAUCUUCAGCCAGAUUUGAGUGCCGGCAGUGCCUGUGAGGAUUUUAGAGAGGAGGGAAAAGGUUCUGAGGAACAAGAGGAUUCCCUUACUGAGGAUUUUGUGGGAUUGCAGUGGUUCUACAGAGGAGACUUGGGAGCCAGAGGCAAAGAUGAAGUUGAAGUUCAGGAAGUGGUUCGACAAGCAGUGGGCCUCAGUGGGGGUGUGCAGACUUGUCUGGGUGCAAGUGGGCCUCAGUACAAGUGGUUUGAGGAUGAUGAGUUAGGAGUGAAAUUCUUGGAACGUUAUGACAUAAGAUUAUGA